GCAGUCAUCAAAAGAUGGCGUCUUUUUGCUAGAGUUGUCAAGCGUCGAUCUUCUGUUUUGACGUUCCCUUUAGACAUCUUACGCCUAGAAAACCACAGUAAACUACACAGAGACUGUUUCCAGUCCCUCCAUUGUAGCGAGGGAGAAGCAGAAGAAGUAUUUGCAGACACAGACUUGCAGUCUACAGGGCUCUCUUAUUCUCUCCCAUCUUCCUACUAGAAGAGGUCUCGCGCUGGUCGUGUGUUUGCAACAAUGGGCGAUUCCUGGUCAUGCAUAUCCUGCUUAGGAGUUGAAGAGGCCCCGCCUCCUAGAAGAAAAAAGAUUGAUCGGAGUAUGAUUGGAUUACCACAAAACUUCCAACACACAGGUCAUAUUGGCUCGUCAGAUUUUGGAUCAUCAGAUAUAUCAUCAGUACAAUCUCAAAUGCAAAGUAAAGGCGGCUACGAUGAAGUAACUGAAGUACCCGAAGACGUGACGCCAUCUGGACAAUAUGUGGGUCAUCAAGAAUGACUUUAGUGCAUCUUUAAUUUACAUUACGUUAUUGUGUAAUUUAUUAACUUGAAGAUUUUAGCAUUCCUAUUUGUGACUCUAAAGGGUAUGUCCCUGUUCUGUGCCCUUUAUUACAUGUAUUAAUGUUUUGCUGUGAUUCUGUACUCCACGCAUGUAUUGAGUAUUCACAAAUUUUCCUCAUAUUAUUAUUACUAUUAAUUUAUUAUUAUUAUUUCAAUUCCUUUCUUUCUUUCUUUCUCUCUCCCUCUAUUUCUCUCUUGUGUGUUAAAUUGUUAAACAUUAUUAUCAUGUGACUCAUUAUAAGACAAA